AUGGAUGUUGGAGGCGGCGCCUUGGUGAGGCUUGAGGCGACAACAAUAGUCGUUAUGGACGAUGUUGUCAAUAAAGUAGGCUUGGGCAGUGGCGACGCCAAAGGAGGGGAAGCUAGGCAGUGGGAGACAUCGAAGGAGGAGAGGUCAGCGCCAACUGGGGCAAUGCCAGUGACGCGCUGCGAAAGCCAGACAACACUAGGGGUAUGCUAG